ACUAUUGGCCAGAGCCGUACCCAUUCACAGACAGGCAUCAUCGCAAAGGCGCCGCUGCCACUAGGACGACGACGACUACCACUACUACUUCCAGGAUAUUAGUCUCCGCCGUCGCCGCUGUUGCUCUGCUGUUUCCUGUCGUGCAGCCAGUGAGCGGUACGCUACACCCUCGUCGUUCAUCAGCCGCACCGCCUCGCGUCGCAUACCGCACCACUGAGCCAUUGUCGCUUGCGGGCCCAUCCAGACACCCACGACACACUGCGCGCUGUCUGCAGGGAGUCGUGUCGCUACUGCUGCUGGUCGCGAUUGCUUUGGGCUGCCAUCACAGGCUGACAUUUCAUUGCGUGCCCAGCUUCAGCCCUUCGCGCGGCCAUAGCAAGCCGCUGCUCCAACCAACCCCGAACUUUGCGCGCGCGCGCGCUCUCUGGUCCUCCUAUUGUUCGUCAUGGAGUCCUACGCGCAGUAUCAUCCUCAGCAGUCGACCGCCUAUCCACAUACGCACAAUGGUCCUCAGCAGACUCACGCCAGCCCCGUCAUGCAGACUCAGCAACAAGCCAACUAUGCGCAGCACCAGCAACCCGCGCAGAUUGGAGGUCAACACAUGAUGCCGCAAAUGGGUUACAACCCAGCAUAUGGCAUGCAGCCUCAGUACAACGUCUCACCGUCGCAAGCCGCUGCGAUGGCAACAGCAGCUGCUUCUGGAUACCCUGCCUAUUCGAUGCCAGACUCUUCCUUACCGGGCUCAUUGCAACAGACAUCUCCGCGUAUGGGUCAGGUCAAGACCGAUGGGCGGCCCAACCCGCAAUCACCUCGACAGAAUCAGAUGAACGUACCGAGCACAAUAGCAUCACAGAUGAACUUGCCAUCUUCCGCACAGCCUAUGGGCACUCAGAUGCAAUCGGACCAGCACAGGAGAAUGUCGCAUUCGGUGAACAGUCCCGCUGUGCAUAACACGCCAGGCCAGGCGCAUGUGGGUGCACCGCGCCCAACGACGCAACAACAACAGCCACAAGCUCCUCCAGCUCCCCAGCAACAGUCGCCUGAAGUGCCAGUGGCUGGCGCAAACGAAGAAUCGCCCCUGUAUGUGAACGCCAAGCAGUUCCACCGGAUAUUGAAGAGGCGGAUGGCGAGGCAGAAGCUCGAAGAGGCGCUGCGACUCACGUCCAAAGGCAGGAAGCCAUACUUGCACGAGUCUCGCCAUAACCACGCGAUGCGGCGUCCACGGGGACCGGGCGGCCGUUUCCUCACGGCCGAUGAAGUUGCCCAGAUGGAAGCCAACGGCACUCUACCUACGGAUGUGAGCAAAGAUGCAAAAGGUGACGACAGUAGUCAUGCCAAUGGCGGCAUCGACAGUGCUAAACGGAAAGCAGGCGACAUGAACGGCGAUGCAAAGAACGAUACCCCUUCGAAGAAAUUGAAGAGUGACGACGACGGAGAGGAUGACGAAGACGACGGUUGAGGAUGGAGUAGGGUCGACGACAUUGUGGGAAGUCUUCCUUGUCGCGCGAGUCGAGCGCAAACUCCAACUAGAUGGAUCACGGGACAGGUCGGCGUAAGGGUGCAUUAGGAAAUGAUUAAUUUCGAGAUACCACAACACGAACGCAUCGACACUCUUACUGCUUCGACAUAGCCUAGACGGCAUAUUUUCAUGGGAGACUGGCGUUCGUUGGCGGACAGGAAACUCUGACGAGUGCCUUUAUACCCUAUUAUGUUUUUAGAAUUGUGUCAUGAAAGUCGUUGCAGAUAUAGCACUGUAUGGCAAUGCUGCUUAGAUCAGA